AUGAUGGAGGAAGUAGCUGAUGAUGUUGAGGACGGCGCUGGGGAUGCAAGAAAGAUAUACCUCAAAACUUGUGUGCCCUUGAUGAAGUAUGCAUUGAGAGGAGAUUGGGAAAAUGCACAGCCCUUUUUGUUGCAUCAAAGGAUGUUGGUAAAUGCCGGCAUUGCCAAAGGACACCCAACAAUGUUGCAUCUGGCAGCAGGAGCUAAUCAUUUUCAUUUUGUAAAGCAACUCUUAAAUUAUUUGAAUGAAGAUGAUUUAGCAUUACAAGAUUCUGAGGGAAACACUGCCCUUUGCUUAGCUGCUGGAGUAGGAAACAUAAAGAUGGUUGAGAUUAUGUUGCAAAAAACUCCUUCCCUGCCUGGAAUUAGGAAUAGAGAAGGUUUGACUCCUCUUCAUAUUGCGGCUAUACAAGGAAAACGUCAAAUGACAUCAUAUCUAUAUAACAAGACUAAACAAACACUUGAAGAUGUCGAUCGGAGGAAGUUAUUCUUCAUCUGCAUUCAAAAUGAUAUUGUUGGUAUAGCAUUGGAUUUAUUAAAUAAUUUGGAAGGUUUAGCUCUUGCAAAAGAUGAAAAGGAUGAGACAGCCUUGCAUGUCUUAGCUAAGAAGACUUCAAGUUUUAGUGGUAUGAAGCAGACUAAAGCUCUUCAAUUGGUUGGUAAGCUGUGGAAUUUGAUUCUGCAUACUGUUGACUCUGGGGUAGAUAUACAAGAAAUAAUCAAAGGACCAUUGUUUGGUGCUGCUGAAGUUGGAAAUUUUGAGUUUUUAGUUGUGCUCUUGAAGAAGUAUCCAGAUUUGAUUUGGGAGGUGGACAAUAGAAAUAGAAUGAUAAUUCAUAUCGCAGUGCUAUAUCGACAUCCAAAAAUCAUGAACCUCAUCCAUGACAUUGGUCCAAUCAAAGAUGUCAUAUUGACACUUACCGAUAUAGAAGAUGGGAAUAACAUAUUGCAUCUUGCCGCAAAGUAA